AUGUCUAUUAAUACAAGUGCUAUAUAUUUUCUUGAUUCCAACAAAGGUUAUCGACAAUUGAUUCGGGAUGAUUUUAUUUACAAAUGUAAUAAACAAACGACUUCGAAAAUAUGUUGGAUCUGUAAAACCAAGAAUUGUAAAGCUAAGGUUCAUACUGAUCCAAAUGAUAAUUUUUUGAGCUCGAGUGGUGACCAUAAUCGUCUACUUGAACCAGAAGAUUUUGAAGUCCAAUGCUUUCGAAAAAUUCUCAAGGAUCGCGUUAUAAAUGAAACAGCACCAAUAUCGAAACUAUACGCUGAAGAAAUUGCUAAAACUCAAUUCUCAUCAGAAACGCUUGCAAGAUUAAAUCAAGCACGACGACAAUUAACAUCAGUUCUUCCUGCUUCUGCUUCAUUUGAUAUUCCUGAUUGUUAUCAAAUCACAGCUACUGGUGAAAUAUUUUUGAUUUCCUACACAUUGGUUUGUCGUAAAAUUGAUGUUAAGAGAGACUUUCUGACAGCAUCGAGGAUUUUCCUGAUAGGUCAUAACAUGAUGAAAUUUUUUUUUGUUUGAAGCUUACACCAUUCGAUUCGCCGUGAGAAACUGUGGUUAUGAAAAAAAUUUUAGACGCCAAAACCUUUUCCACGCUGAGAUAUUCCAUUUUUACUGCAAACAGGUGGAAAAAAACCCGUAAAAAUGCAGUUUUUAGUAUUCUGCAAACCAUGAC